GACUCCACCCCAUCUGUGCUUCCUGGCUCAGCGGGUUAAAAGGACGAAAACACUUUAUCCUCACAGUCAAAGCAAAAGCCCACACUAAAGGAGAUUCUUUGGAGAAAACCUGAGAGCUCAUCAACUCGUGGUAAAGAAGGUUCCCAAUGGGGUUAUGGACUACUUUUAAGAAGAAGGCCUUGCCCUGACCGGUUUGGCUCAGUGGAUAGAGCAUCGGCCUGCGGACUCAAAGGUCUUGUGGAAGCCUAAAGCACAGAACCUCUUGAAACAAACAUGGCUGGUCUUCAGGACAACACUCUGAGGAUUGUUCUGGUGGGGAAAACUGGAAGUGGGAAAAGUGCAACAGGAAACACCAUCCUUGGCAGAAGAGAAUUUCAAUCUAAAAUUGCUCCCGACGCUGUUACCAAGAAAUGUCAGAAAGAAGUGCAACACUGGAAGGGGAGGAACCUUCUUGUUGUGGACACCCCAGGGCUCUUUGACACCAAGGAGAAACUGCAGACCACCUGUGAGGAAAUCAGCAGGUGUGUCCUCUUCUCCUGCCCUGGGCCUCAUGCCAUCAUACUGGUACUACAGCUGAGCCGCUACACGGAGGAGGAGCAGAGAACGGUUGCAUUGAUCAAGGCCAUCUUUGGGGUGGCGGCCAUGAAGCACAUGAUCUUGUUGUUCACUCGCAAAGAUGAUUUGGAUGGUAAGACACUGAGUGACUUUUUAGACGAAUCAGAUGUGAACCUACAAAACAUCAUCCAGGAGUGUGGGUCCCGCUGCUGUGCCUUCAAUAACAAGCAAAGUGCAGAUGAGGCUGAGAAGGACGCUCAAAUGCAGGAGCUGGUGGAGAUGAUAGAGAAAAUGGUGCAGGAGAACAGAGGGGCUCACUUUUCUGAUGACAUAUACAAGGACACAGAUGAAAAGCUGAAACGGCAGGCAGAAGCCUUGAAGAAAAUCUAUGCUGAGCAAUUGUAUAAGGAAAUUAAACUAACAGAAAAGGAAUGUGAUCAGGGAAAAAUAUCACAGGAAGAAAAAGAGAAAAAAAUAAAAGUCCUAAAGAUGAAGCAUGAAGAACGAAUUAAAGAUAUAAGGGAACAAGCUGAAAAGAAUAUAUUUGCAGAUAUUGUACAAAGGUUUAGAAAUAUGCUUUCAAGUCUAUGGCAUAGGUUUUUCAAAUAGUGUAUAUUUUCUUUUUUUCUUUUUAAUUUGCCAUGAUUUGUUAAUGUAGUAGAUUGUAUUUUCAAAAAAAAGGUUAUAACAGUAUCUUCUAUCCAACCUAUUCUUCUUAUAAUCUGAGCUUGCUUUUCCUUUUGUUGAGUUAUAUGGGUCUGUGCCACUGCCUUGCAAUUCCAUGGACUUUGUGACUGAUUUGGCAAAUAGUGGAUGGCUGUGACUUCCAAAGUUAGAUAGGGAGGAUGCCUCCUUGCUCUCUGGGGUACAUGCCCUUGUCACUUGGCCACCA